AUGGCUUCUGUCAACCCGAAUGCGUCGCCGGCCGGCAGUGUUGAUACCAACACCACGCCUGAUACCGAUAUUUCGCCCCCGGAAAGCCCAGUCCAGAAGAAUGGGCCGUCCAAGGAUCCUCGGGGGUCAGCUAAAACCAAGCUAGCUACCUUGACCCUGGAGGAAAAGGUGUCUCUGCUAACGGCCGCAGACUUUUGGAGAACCAAGGGCAUCCCGGAGAAGAACGUCCCGGCCAUCAAGACGAGUGAUGGGCCCAACGGUGCUCGUGGAGGUAUCUUUGUCGGAGGGACGAAAGCUGCGCUGUUCCCUUGCGGGAUCUCGCUGGCUGCCACCUGGAACAAGGAGCUCUUGCAUCAGGUCGGCUUGCACCUUGCAGAUGAAGUCAAGGCGAGGUCGGCGGACGUGCUGUUGGCCCCGACGGUCUGCAUGCACCGGCACCCGCUGGGCGGGCGGAACUUUGAGUCGUUCUCUGAGGACCCGAUCUUGUGCGGCAAGCUGGCUGCGCAGUACAUCAACGGUGUGCAAAAGAAGGGUGUUGCUGCCACCAUCAAGCACUUUGUGGGCAACGAGCAGGAAACGCACCGGUUGACCAUCAACUCGAUCAUCGCCGAGCGACCGCUGCGCGAGCUGUACCUGCGGCCGUUUGAGAUUGCGGUGCGUGAGGCUAAGCCGUGGGCGCUUAUGUCGUCGUACAACCUGGUGAACGGGACGCACGCCGACAUGAACACGCAUGUUCUCCGGGACAUUCUCCGCGGCGAGUGGGGAUACGAGGGCACCAUCAUGUCGGAUUGGGGUGGUGUCAACUCCACGGCCGAGUCUAUCAAGGCAGGCUGUGACAUCGAGUUCCCGUACUCGGACAAAUGGCGGUUUGAGAAGGUCCUCGAGGCACUUAAGGAAGGGAAACUGGAGGAAGCGGACGUCGACCGGGCGGCCGAGAACGUGCUGACACUUGUUGAGCGCACCAAGGGCAGCGACUUGACACCCGAGGCCGAGGAGCGGGAGGACAACCGCGCGGAGACGCGGCAGCUGAUCCACGAGCUGGGCGUGCAGGGCAUCACGCUGCUCAAGAACGAAGGGGCCGUGCUGCCGAUCGACCGUGAGACGGCGACGGUGGCCGUGAUCGGGCCCAAUGCCAACCGGGCGAUCGCGGGCGGCGGCGGCAGUGCCAGCCUCAACCCCUACUACACCACGCUCCCGCUGGACAGCAUCCGCAAGGUGGCCAAGAAGCCGGUGACGUUCAGCCAGGGGUGCCAUAUCCACAAGUGGCUGCCGGUAGCGUCCCCGCACUGCUCCGAUAAGUCCGGCAAACGCGGCGUGUCGAUCGAGUGGUUCAAGGGCGACAAGUUCGAAGGCGCUCCCGCGGUGGUGCAGCAACGGCCCAACACAGACCUGUUCGUGUGGGACUCGGCGCCCCUGACCGAGGUCGGGCCGCACUGGUCGGCCGUGGUGACGAGCUACCUGACGCCGCCGACGACGGGCACGCACACGCUGUCGUUCAUGAGCGUCGGGCCCGGCAAGCUAUACCUCGACGGCAAGCUGGCGCUGGACCUGUGGGACUGGACCGAGGAAGGCGAGGCCAUGUUCGACGGCUCGGCCGACUACCUGGUGGAUGUGGCCAUGCAGGCGGGUCGCCCCGUCGAACUGCGCGUCGAGAUGACCAACGAGCUGCGGCCUGUGUCUAAGCAGAAGGAGUUCAACAUGACGCACAAGUAUGGCGGUUGCCGUAUUGGUUUCAAGACGGAGGACCAGGUCGAUUAUCUGGCGGAGGCGGUUGAGGCCGCGCGGGCUGCGGAUGUGGCGGUUGUGGUUGUGGGUGUGGACGCCGAGUGGGAGUCGGAGGGUUAUGACCGCAAGACUAUGGAUUUGCCCAAGGACGGUAGCCAGGAUCGGCUUGUUGAGGCCGUGCUUGCGGCUAACCCAAGGACGGUGGUGGUUAACCAGUCGGGCUCGCCUGUGACUAUGCCGUGGGCUGACCGCGUGCCGGCGAUUAUUCAGGCGUGGUACCAGGGGCAGGAGGCUGGCAAUGCGCUGGCCGAUGUGCUCUUUGGGCUGCAGAACCCGAGCGGGAAGCUUCCGUGCACCUUCCCCCGCCUCCUCUCCGACACACCCGCCUACCACAACUGGCCCGGCGAAAACCUCGACGUGCUCUAUGGCGAAGGCCUGCACAUCGGCUACCGGCACUACGACCGCGCCGGCGUCGCCCCUCUCUUCCCCUUCGGCCACGGCCUAUCCUACACCACCUUCGAGUACGGCCGGCCCUCGCUCAGCGCACGCGUCCUCGGCGCCGAACCGGGCGCCUCUAUCGACUUGAUCGUGGGUAUCAGCAAUGUGGGCGGCCGCAAGGGAUGGGAGACGGUGCAGGUGUAUGUGCAUGAUGAUAAGAGCCGGUUGCCGAGGCCGGAGAAGGAGUUGGUGGCUUUCGAGAAGGUGGAGUUGGAGGCGGGUGAGACGAAGCAUUUGCGGAUUCCGAUUGAUCGGUAUGCUGUUGGGUACUUUGAUACGAGUGUCAAUAAGUGGGUGGCGGAGGCUGGGACGUUUAGGGCGUUGGUUGCGGCUUCGGCGGGGGAUGUCAACUCCUACUACUCCUCCUCCUCCUCCUACGGCUACUCCUACGCCCACCACCCCACCUCCCCCUCCUCCUCCACCUCCCUCCUAGACGACAUCCACACCCUUUUAUUCCGCGCCCUCCGCGCGCUAGUGCGUUUCUGGCGUGAACGCGGGCAGUUCAUCGUGCGUGCGGCAGCGGCACGUGCGGUGCACCGGUUACGGCUGAAUUUAAGCUGGGCGCGCGUGGUGAGCUUUCCGCAUUUGUUGGUGGCGCUGUGGGUGGUGAUGUUGGUUUGGGGGGAGAGGUGGGCUUUUGAAUGGGGGGUUGGGGGGUGUAGGUGGGAGGGGUGGGAGGAUUGGCCCGCCGGCGCGAACCCGCACCGCGUAGCCCUCGUAGCCGACCCGCAGCUCAUCGACCCGCACUCGUACCCCGGCCGGCCGUGGCCGCUGAACCCGCUGACGAUGCUCAUCACCGACAACUACCUGCGGCGGUCGUACGGGCAGCUGCAGCGCCAGCUGGACCCGGAUAGCGUGUUCUUUCUGGGGGACCUGUUUGACGGCGGACGGGAGUGGAAGACGGCGCAUGGGAAGUUUGAGGACCCCGCUUGGGGGCCGCAUCCGAAGGGUGAACAGAGGUAUUUGAAGCAGUGGCAUAAGUCGUAUGGUGAGGUGUACUGGUUGAAGGAGUAUGCGAGGUUUGGGGAUAUCUUUUUGAAUCCGUGGGUCAAGACGGUUGGUGCUGGGCAGGAGGGUGGGAAUAAUAAUAAUAAUGGUGAUGGGCGGGAUAAGAGGAGGAAGCUGGUGGCGAGUCUGCCGGGGAACCAUGAUCUCGGGUUUGGCGACCAGAUCAAGGUGGCGGUGCGGGACCGGUUCGAGACGUACUUUGGCGAGGGCAACCGGAUCGAUGUAAUUGGGAACCACACGUUUGUGUCGGUCGACACGGUGUCGAUGAGCGCGGCCUCGUCGACGGAGGCGCAGCGGCAUGAUCUGAGGGAGAUUUACGAGCCUGUCCAGCGGUUUCUGGGCGGGCUCAAGACGGAGAAGCCAAAGGCGGUGGAAAGGGAACUGCGGUAUCUAAGGGGGGAGAUCCCCGGGGGGCAGCAGAAGCAUGCCAUUGAGGAUCUCGAGACGGCUACGUUUGACCGGGAGGGCAAAAACAAAGACAGACAAGCCAACGAAAAUAAACCAGCCGACCUCCCCACCAUCCUCCUCACCCACGUCCCCCUCUACCGACCCCCCGGCACACCCUGCGGCCCUCUCCGCGAGAAAUACCCCCCGGCAACCCCCCCCAAAGGCCAAACCGACCCCGUCGUCCCCGACCACCGCAACGCCAUCUCCGUCUCAGCCGGCUACCAAUACCAAAACGUGCUCCGUGAGCCCGACUCCGAGGCCCUCGUAGCCCAGGUCGGCAACGUCGUCCACGCCUUCUCAGGCGACGACCACGACUACUGCGCCGUGACACACUCUGCGGCGCAGGCCUCGGUGCCUGAGAUCACGGUGAAAAGUAUCAGUAUGGCGAUGGGCGUGAUGAAACCCGGGUUUUUGCUCGUCAGCUUGUAUAACCCGAUCGACCCGGCCACGGGGGAAUCGUUGCUAUCCUCACUCAACCCCAACACCGAGGGACCAACACCAAACCCCCCAAAAACCCUCCAAACACACCUCUGUCUCCUCCCCAGCCAGCUAUCCACCUACCUCCGCUACGUCACCUUCGCGAUUGUCUCCAUAGCUGUGCUAGCCAUCCGGGCCGUGCUGGUGCCGAUACUAGGCCUGACACCGUUCGCCCUAGACCCGGCCCUGCUCAAUGCCGUUCCGUCGGUAUGGGCGGCCGGUGCUGGCCGGGGGGCACGACGGCGGAGUGUGCUGCUGCCGGUGUUUAAGGCUAAGGUGGAGGACUAUGAGGAGUAUGCGGUGCCGUCGCAGGCUCGCGGGUAUGGGUAUCAGCAGCAGUUUUCGUCGUCUUCAUCUACGAAUGGGACUGCUGGAUUCACUGCUGGGUUUAGUGGUGGUGGUGGUGGUGCGCGUGAUAGAUCAGGAUCAGGCAGUGUCCCGUCGUCAAUGACCACCCACCAAAAAUCACCUGGCGGCCAUCAGCAGCAUAGUAGGCGUAAGAGCCAUGGGAAGGGGUCGGCGGCUGGGAAAUGGGGGUGGGCUGGGGCUGGUGCUGGUGGGAGAGCGAGAGCGGCGCCGAGGAUUGAGAUUGCGAGUGAGGGGGAGGAGGAGGAUGAUGAUGUUGUUAGGGGGGAAGGGGGGAAGUGGAAGGCGAGAGGGAAGAGGAGGAAAGGAGGAGCCGGCGGUGGUGGCGGGUCGGUGGUGGGUGUUGUGGUGAGGGAGUUGUGGACGACGGUGUGGAGGGUGGCGUGGAUGGUGGUGGGGUAUUUUGCGUGGUUGACUUGGAGGGGGUGA